AAUUAACACAGUACUUACUGCGAAAAGAGACACUAAUCCCACCCAUCUCUCUCUCUCUCUCUCCCCAAAUAAAAUAAUCAAAAGUACACAAACCACCGCCCUUCUACCCCCGGCAAAACCAUCUCAUCCCUCACCGAUCUCCGCCGUCCCUUAUCAAGUCAACUGUUGAAUAACCGCCGGAACUUAAGUACGAUGUUUGUUAGAUAGCUGAGUAAUGUGAGCGAACUGAAUUUUUUUUUUUCUUAUCCAAAGUUCAUUUCUUAAUAUUAUAAGCUGAGAUGGAUCGGGCGCCUGCGUCAGCGGGUCAGGGUACGGAUAUGCCGAUCAUGCACGACAGCGAUCGGUACGACUUCGUGCGGGAUAUCGGGUCGGGUAACUUCGGAGUAGCUCGACUGAUGAGAGACAAGCAAACGAGGGAGCUUGUUGCGGUUAAGUAUAUUGAGCGAGGGGAAAAGAUAGAUGAAAAUGUGCAGAGGGAAAUUAUUAACCACAGGUCUUUAAGGCACCCUAAUAUAAUUAAAUUCAAAGAGGUAAUUCUGACACCAACUCAUCUGGCUAUUGUAAUGGAGUAUGCAUCUGGUGGAGAAUUAUUCGAGCGGAUAUGCAAUGCAGGGCGUUUUAGCGAGGAUGAGGCUCGUUUCUUUUUUCAACAGCUUAUAUCUGGAGUCAGCUACUGCCAUUCAAUGCAAAUAUGCCAUCGGGACUUGAAGCUGGAGAACACAUUAUUGGAUGGGAGCCCAGCUCCUCGUUUGAAAAUAUGUGAUUUCGGGUAUUCCAAGUCUGCUUUGCUCCAUUCACAACCAAAGUCUACAGUGGGAACUCCAGCUUAUAUUGCUCCUGAGGUGUUACUUAAGAAAGAAUAUGAUGGCAAGAUUGCGGAUGUGUGGUCUUGUGGCGUGACUCUGUAUGUUAUGCUUGUUGGUGCUUAUCCAUUCGAAGAUCCUGCUGAACCAAAGGACUUCCGGAAGACAAUACACAGAAUCUUAAGCGUUCAGUACUCGAUUCCAGACAAUAUUAACGUGUCAGAAGAAUGCUGGCAUCUUAUUUCUAGGAUCUUUGUAGCAGACCCUGCACAACGCAUCACAAUGAACGAAAUUCGUAACCACGUGUGGUUCCUUAAGAACCUCCCAGCAGACCUAAUGGAGGAGAGCUCGAGCUUUACGAACAGGCAGUUUGAGGAGCCAGAGCAGCCGAUGCAGAGCCUUGAGGUUAUCAUGCAGAUAAUCUCGGAGGCCACCAUACCGCCAGCUGGCGUCUCUAACAUGGACAUGAUGGAUGAUGACAUGGACAUGGAGGAUUUCGACUCGGACCCUGAUGACCUCGAUCUCGACAGCAGUGGUGAGGUUAUUUAUGCCAUGUGAGAUAUGACAAAAGGAACGAACAGUUUGUAGUACGACUUUGAGGGAUGAAGGGUUCGCGUGCAAAAGAGGAGGAGGCAAUUACGAGUGUUUUUUCCUUUUUUGUUUUUUAGUUACAUGUGCUUGUUGUAACUUUGUCGAGUUUUUUAUAAGCUUGUUAUAUGCUUUACUCGCGUCUACUUUUCUCUCUUUUUUGUGUCGGUGUUUACCGACUGUUUUCGCGCAUGUUUGUUGUGACUUGUAGGCUUGUAUCUGAUCUGUACUCUUUGGUUUUAUGGUUUAUUUAUAAGGAACCUUUUUAUAGAUCUCAUUUUAUUGUGCAG